AUGGUUAAAGUUCUCUUAAGCUCUCCUAUAAUCCUGAAGCAGAUGGUGGAUGCAGCCAUUCACAUGCACACAAAUGGAGUCUUUCACAGGGACAUAAAGUUACUAAACAUACUCAUUGAAACUAGAUCUGUCCCACGUGCCCGCGUGAUCGAUUUUGGCUGUGGUUGCCUGGAGAAAAAGGGAUAUUACAAAGACUACAGUGGCACCUUUUCGAAAGCCCCUCCAGAAUGGUACACUGUCGGUGAAUACCAGGCCAGACCAACAACAGUGUGGCAGCUAGGGGCCCUGUUGUACGACAUGCUGGAUCAUAACAAGUCCUUUAACACAGAGGUCUACAUGGAGAACAGAAUGGAAAUCAGCUCUGAUCUGUCCACAGGCUGCCAAGAUUUCCUGCAGAUGUGUCUGGUCAAAGACCCAAAGAUGCGUCCCACCUUAGAGCAGCUACAGCUCCAUCCCUGGCUCGGAUAA